CGAAUUCGUGCAUUACAUCCUACCUACAUACCAAAAAACAACAAUGGCCGUAGAAAGUACGGUUAAUUUAAAAAUAUAACAAGUGAUUAUUAUUUCCGUAAAAUGUAACUCGCCUUCAACAAAUCAACAUGCAUGGACCUUGCAGAAACAAUGAAAAAUAUAGUCGCUAAAGGAAUGCAAACAGAGAUGGGUCCGCCAACAGGAACUGGUGGUGCUGGAAGUGGAGGUGCUGGCUCUGGAUACCCGCAAAAUUCAGCCAGCGGUGCUGGUUACAUUACUGAAAAAAUGUACAUGUUACUGCAAUUGUAUUUACAAAACAAAGGAUGGAAUCCGAGUAUUGAACUGCUCCAAUGUUUUACGGAAUUGAAAGAGGCUUCAAUGUUACCUAGUGCUGCAUAUUUACAGAUGAUGGCAUCCAGAGUAGCAUUAGACGCCCAUGGACGUCUAAUUUUACGUGAAAAUGGUAAAAUAAUUCUUCCAUAUGAGCAUUUUGCGAACGCGGUUAUGCUGAAACACAUGAAUGGGCCUACGGGAUUGCAUUUGGGUCUUGAAGGGACUGUCAGAGCUGUCAUGGAGUCCUACACGAUCGGACGAGAGUGUUUUGGAAUGGAGAAAGAGUUUAUUAUUGAGGUGGUGCAGAAUUGUCCGAACCCAGCUUGCCGUUACUACAAGAACCAGCUGGAGCUGACCCAGAAGAUGGGUCACAUGGCGCCGACUUACAUCCAAGACAACGAAGCAACCGCGUCGUUGUUGAGGUCCAGUUUCUCUCACAACUCAGACUUUGGUAUGAGCAACUCUCAAUCUAACAGCAGCCACAUGGCCGCGGUCGCUGCCGCGGCGGGUUCUUCGAGCGAGAUGUCGGAAAUGCAGCAGAGAAAUAACAGUCAGAUGAAUCAUCAGCAGCGACCGCCAAGUCGCCCCUCACUUAAUAUUCCCCACAGACCUGCUUCUUCUCAGGAGCGCAAGCAGUCCAUUGGGAAACAUCACUACGAGUCUAUAAUGGCGAACAACAAUGCCGCUGCUGUUGCCGCUGCUGCGAUGAAUGAUCACAAGCUCACUGAUUUCUUGAGGUCUAAUAACAUUGACAGCAUCGAAGGAUUGAGCAGUUUAGGACUUGGUAAUCUUCAAGGACUCAGUAAUGCUAAUAAAGAUUUGCUGGCGUUACAUAAUGGCGCUUGGGCAAAUGAUGGUGAUAAGAAUUCGCGUCCUAACUCUUCUAAUCCAGACACUGGUGGUGGAAAAAUAGUACGAGCCUUCGCAGAAGUUAUGAAAAAUAUGUCAAGAAUGAAAGCUUGCGUACGUCCAGCGAUGUGUAAACCUUACGGAAAGCAAUCAGAAGCUCUACAAAAAACGCUUGUCGACACAAUUCAGCUAGUGCAGUCACUAAGGAGUUUUCUUCCACCGCCUCAUUUUCCGGUCUCCAGCUGGAAAAAUGAAGACAAACAUAGGUUAGAUCAUACUUCUGCAUAUUUAUCAUCUUCAUUGUAAGUUUAUUAUUUAAUGAUUAUUAUUUUUGGGGCGAGUUUAUAUUAUUGAGAGCUAAAUAAUUUAAGUUUUAUUAUUUAUUAGACUGUGCUGUCUAAUAAAUAAAAAGGUAAAUUAUACAAUGACACUUUUAUUUAAUUUUAAUUAUUUAGAUUUCAAUUGCGUAGUAAAGUAACGUACAGCGAUAAUUAUUUAUAAGUAAAUAAUAAAAUAUAUGUAAUAGAAAAGCUGCGAGAGCAUUUGAAUAAUUAUGCGAAGCUCGUAAAUUGGAUUUAAUUAUUAUUACUUCUAUGAUUAUUAAAGAUACUAAAAAUAAAUAAAGUAAAAUCAUCACUAGUUUAGUACUCGUUUGUACUGAAUGUGUUCUAGUCACACGAAGAGUCAUCGAAUCAACUUAAAAUAUUAUUAUAAAAAUGCUCGGUAAUUUUUUUAUUAACGAAAAUGAAAUAAAAAUAUAAUAAAUUUAUAAAAAUACGAAUAAAUUAAAAAUAAAAUGAUUAGUUUGCUCAAAAAAGCGUCGGCGUUUAGGCUUUUUGAUGUGACGGUGGCGAAAAUAAGUCAUGCGUGGACUGUGAUAAAGUCGGUAGUCAAAAAAUUUUAUUAUCUAGGUCUGUCUCGAAUUUUAAUUAAUAAAAAAUAAAAUAAAAGAUUUUUAAAACUAUUAAAAUCAAUAAAAUAUUGAUAAAUUUAAGUGAUCAAGUUUUUAAGUUUUUUUCCUGCCAGUGGUGCUUAUUGGUGCGUAUUGCUAAGUAAUUUAUUAUUACUAUUAUAUAUCUUGCUGCUGGCAAUGUACUGAUAAAAAAUUAUUAAUUAUUAUUAUUAUUGUAAUAACUAUCAGUAUUUGUAAUAUAUAUUUUUAGAAAAAAAAAGAUAACGUUAUUAAUGAAUUAAUAAUUAAUAAAUAAUUGGACGAAGUAUUCUGGCUUUAAUAAUAAAUGUAUAAAAAUUUUAAUUGACAUUUAAAAUUAAAGAUGUAUUAUAUAAUUGCCAAAAUUUAUGAAGUAUUUAUAAUUUAUUUAUUUAAAUUAAGAAAGAGAUUACUAGGAUAUAAAUUUUGUUAUUAAAGUAAUUGAUGUCUAUUAUUUAUAAUGAUCAAAAUAAAAUAAUUUACGGUUUAAUAAAAGUAAGCUCCACAGGCAGGUUUUUUAAAAUUAAGGCAUCCAGUAUCAAAACUAGUUAUCUAAAUUUUUUUAAAUUAUAAUAAACGGACAAUUGAAAGGCUAAAUAAUUACGUGAUUGUAACAGGAGUCUAUAUGAUUUUAUUUUAAAAAAUAAAUAAAUGUAUGUGUAAUUCCUGGCGAAUUUUUAUAUUACUUCUAUCAAAACUCUCGGUAAAUUUACCAUAACGGAAGGUAAGGUAAGAUAAUACACCGUAAUGAUACGGCAAUUUUACCGCGACAUUACUGUCAAUAUAUCAUAAUUCUGCGGUAAAUUUACUGUUAAAAAAUUGGGUAAAGCUACUCUAUGCAUUUAUGAUUACGUUACCGUAAACAUUUUAUUUAGCGGUUAAUUUUGAAAUUUCAAAAAUAAUUAAUAGUAGUAGCGUAUUUAAAACUAGACGUUGUAAGGUUAUGGUACACUUUGUUCUAGUAGCCCUUAUAUUACGGUAUUAAUUACUUUAACUUACCACUAUGGAUGAUCGCACAAAUAUUUACCGUAUAUUCAUCGUAAAUUUACCGUAGUAGCAUAGUCAGACGACAGAAUUACGGUAUAUUACUCUGCUACGGUAGCAUGCGGCAAUUAUACCGUAAUAUUGGCUUCGCCAGGGAUUAUAUACAUUUAUAUGUGACUUUUGUUAAAGAACAAUAUUUUUUAUUAAUUAUUUGCCAGCAAAGAGAUUUUACUUGAAUAAAUUUUUCUGAGAUCAAUUUGACUCCGGUUAUAUUUUCGAGGUUAAUUUGACUCCAGUUAUUUUCUAAAUAAUUUUAAUUCACAUCAGUUACAUAACUUUGAUACCGCUACUACUGAAUAUCACUAAGAAAAUAUGAAAUAAAUAAAUAAAUAAAUACAUAUAUUACCGCCUAUAUUAAUAAAUAUAUACACUAAUAAAAAAUAAUAUAUAAUUUACAAUAAUCCAUGACUCUGACAAUUUAUGAAGCUGAUUUUGAUACUAAAAGCCUAAAAUAAUAAUUAUUAUUUAAUCUAAACUAAUAAUAAUUAUAAGGUAAAGGCGAAUGCAGCAUUUUUUAUAUGUUUUAUUUAUAUUUAUAUAUUAUAUAUAUAAAAGAAAAAUAACCUAAAGUUUAAGAUUGUUCUUGUUUAUUUUUUUGGCUAUGAAAUGUCUAAUGAUUUUUUCACACGAGAUUGUAAGUUUUAAAAAAAAAUUUUAUAUGUAUAUAUUAUUAUCAUUAUAAUUAUUAUUAUUAUUAUUAUUAUUAUUAUUAUUAUUAUUAUUAUUGAUAUUUUAUUAUUGAUGAAUGUUUAAUUGAUAUGUUUUGUGCGGUAGACCCGCUGGAAAAUCUUUUGAUAAAAAAAAAAUAUUUGUUGUUUAUUACCAUUAAUAAUUAAUUAAUCAGCUGCAAUAAUAACAAUAUAAAUUGCAAUAUCGACAAUUACAAUAUGACUGUAUCAAUUUACAAUGUACAAUUACAAUUACCUGUUAAUAAUAUUCAAUAAUAUGUACCGCAAUGAUUUAAAAUGAUAAAUCAUGUAUCAAUUUAAUGAAAAGUCUUGCUAUCGAUAAUUUAAAAUUAACUAACUGAUGAUCAUUUACAAGAAAUUUUUCAAUAAACGAUAAGUUGCUGAUUCCAAUUAUUUAAAUUUAAAUAAUCGAUAGUAAGACUACUUGUCCGUUGUUAACUCAGACUUUAUAACAAAUAAUUAAUAAUAUUAUACACCAAUAAUGCUACUGAUGUGUCUGCACCGCUAAAAAAAAAAUUGACGUCGCUUGCCAGUAUUACUAUAUCCUGUAUUCUUAUCCUGCACUUAUUAAUUCAACGUAUUGAUUAUUAAAUAAAAAUACAUUUUUACAAGUGUG